AUGGCAGAAGCGGCAGGACUUGCUAUCGGCGUCGUCUCACUUGUCGGUCUCUUCACCUCAUGUGCGGACGCGAUCAAGUACAUAAAGCUAGGCCAGGAGUUUGCACAAGAGUUUACAACCUGUGCAUUGAGGCUGGUCAACUUGGAGCUACGUCUCAACCGAUGGGGCGAGUCCAUGGCACAGUACAGCAGAGCCCAUCACUUGAACAAGGAGGAUCUUGCCAGUAUAGAUAAAGUCAUGGUUCAGGUGAAGGCACUCAUUGCGGAGAUAAAUGUUAAAUCAACAAGACUCCAUAGCAAGAACUCGCAUGAUUCAGCGUUGGUCGUCAUUGAGCGUAAUAGCGAUUCUACAGUCAAGAGAAUCGCCCAGUCAAUGGGUCUAGCGCUCGUCAAGCACCGAAAAGAGAUGAAUAAAUUGAAGGAGGCCACGAUGAUGAGAAAAGGACAAUGGGUGAUCUAUGAGAGAGAACAAUUUCGAGUCACCAUCGGGAACAUAUCGUCAUUAAUUGACGAUCUGGAUAAUCUGUAUCCUGGCGUGAAAGAGGUCCAAGUUGCAUUGGCAAGACUCGAUUUGAAGGAGGUCAAGGACAACAAAGAUGUGAAGUUGUUGAUGGAAGCUAUCAAGAAAGAAGAUGCUAUCUUGACCCAGCUCACUUCGGAGACGGAAGGAUACACAAUUUCUGGAAGUUCCAGGGUUCAUGCAGGAAAUUCUUAUGGGUUUGCUGAUGACGUUGCUACACGCAAGUAG